UCUAACUAGAUCUACUUCCUACUUCACAUCUGUUAAAGAGUUUGGUAGAAAUCUUGAAUAAGACGAAUAAGCAAGAAGCUUACAAGUAACAAAGCAUAAUGAAGGAGCAGUGAGACUGGCUAACAUGCUUGAAAUCUAAAUAGCAAACCAUUGUACAAGAUGCCUUCAAUAGUCAAUAGCUUUGGGAAAGUGAGUAUAACAACUUUAGCUAUAGGGAUAGCCAUUGGCAUCUCAGUGUCCAAUAUUCUGAGAUACACGUCCUCCUCAAGUCACAACUCUAUAGCUGGCUACAUCCCUGACAGUCCCCACAGCCAUGGAGAGAAUGAUUUACUCAAAGGUCCAGACAGCUCCAUCAACUGGAAAGAUGAGCACUCACACAGCCAUGCCAAUGAAGAUGACUCCAUAGCCAAAAUGUUGCGGAAGAAAGUCCGAGUUUUGUGCUGGGUAAUGACAAACCCCAACAAUAUCUACACCAAGGCCCGCCAUGUCAAGGCCACCUGGGGUCACAGGUGUAAUGUUCUGCUCUUCAUGAGCUCCCAGCCUGAGGAUACACUGCCAGCCAUUGCCCUGCCAGUUGAUGAGGGCCGUGAUAACCUGUGGGCCAAAACUAAGGAAGCAUUUAAAUACGUUUUUUCUAAACACUUUGAUCAGGCUGACUGGUUUGUCAAAGCUGAUGAUGAUACCUAUAUGGUGGUUGAAAACUUGAGAUUUUUCCUGCAAGAUAAGUCCCCCAAGGAUCCCAUCUAUUUUGGCCGUAGAUUUAAGCCAAUGGUGAACCAGGGCUACAUGAGUGGGGGUGCUGGCUACGUGCUCAGUAAAGAGGCCUUGACCAGGCUGGUCAGCAGCGGUCUCUCCAACUCUGAUUCUUGUCGGGGGGACGGCGGGGGAGCCGAGGACCUGGAGAUGGGCAAAUGUCUGGAGAAUCUGGGAGUGCGAGCGGGGGACACCAGGGAUGAGCUGGGGAGGGAGAGGUUCCACCCAUUUGUUCCUGAGCACCACCUCAUACCAGACAUCCUCCCUAAAGACAUGUGGUACUGGUCAUACAGCUACUACCCAGCUAAACAGGGGGAAGAGUGUUGUAGUGAUUAUGCUAUAACAUUUCAUUACGUUUCACCUAACAUGAUGUAUGUGUUAGAAUACCUGAUCUAUCACCUGAAGCCGUAUGGGAUCAUAACAAGCAUCCACCUCGAGCCUGCUGAAGGUACAAAGAGUAGAGGGCAGCAGGAACAAAGCCAGAUAACCAACCAGCAGUCUAACCCAGCGCAGGUCAAGUCUGCAGACAAUGGCAUUGAGGCCCAAGAUGAGAAGCUCAACACAGUAUAGAAAGUUUGACCAAGAAAGAUGUAUCACCAAGAAUCAAAUGAUCACCAUCAAUCAGAUCUAAGCCUCCAGAAGAAAUGGUCUGAAAUGUUGUAUUGGUUUUUUAGUUACUUUGGUCAUUUAUGGAGAUGACUUAAAGAGAUCUGUAUAAACAUUUUCAUGAUGCAGUCUAGACAAAGGCUUGCAAUUUUGGUAGGAAAUAAUGACUUAGGAACUGAAAACAUUUCUAUUCGAUUGCUGAAAUGAAUUCAAGAUGCCAAUUAUUGUCAUCAUGUUGUAGUGAUGUCAAUUUAUGUCAUCAAGUCAUAAUGAUGUCAAUUUUUGUCAAUUCAUAAUGAAACUAUGCGCUGCGAAUUGCCAGGGAGGAGAUUUAUAGUUCAAAAUUUUUCACAAGAGGUAAUUGACUUAACUAAAGUAUUACUAUUAAAAACACUACACUUUUUAGUCCGAUUCAAUGUAGUUUGUGAUUGCAAUUGAUUGACUAUAUGUCGCUUUAAAAUACACAUAAUUUCUCCAUGCACUGCCAUAUCCCAGUUUUAGCUGGGCAAUAGUUUGGACAUGUUUGUCAAUAGUGAGUUAACCCUGCCUCAGAUAUGCCUUAGUGCUAUGUUGAUUUUAGGCAGUAACCAAAGCUGAAUCUCUGCUGUGACUCUUGUAUUUUCAUGUUAGAGCCUGUCAGUUGGCCAGAUUUUUACUCGUCCAUUUUGUCUAUUGUUUUAUCCACAUUUGUUGCAAUUGUUUUCACAUAUAUAAGUUUAGCAUAAUGUAUCCCACUUGUACUCAAUGCCUACCCUAAGAUAGAAUGUGCUUUUAAUUUAAAGAAAAAAUGAAUGCGACCAAAGCUUUUUUACUAUUAUAGUUCUGGAGGAAAGUCUUUUGUUUAAAAUUAGAUAGUCAUUUUAAAUCUCUUGAAUUUUAUAGUCAUUCUUCUUGUGAUUGGUUUUAAUUAUAAUAUUGAAGGGAAAUCCUCUGACAUAAUGAAGAGUUGCUUGUCAACAUUUUGUGCACCGUAUGACUGGUGAACUUGGCCUGCUUUUCUUUGGGAAUUUGUUUCCACAUCCUUUGUCCACAUACGACAGCAGUUUUUUUAUUUGAGAGUUGUCUCUCUUACUUGAGUUUUUUUAUUUGAAAGUUGUCUCUCUUACUUGAGUUUUUUUAAUUUGAAAGUUGUCUCUCUUACUUGAGGUACUUUCCCCAGAUAGUGGGCCAAACUCUGGACAUCAUCCCCAUAGUCAUUCUGCAAACUAAGUCUUGGUUUUAGCUUUAAUAUUCUAAGAAAAUUAUAUAGCUGAUAUGACAAUUUUGUACAGAAAUUUUGUAUGAAUGUUGAUCUAUUUAUUUAUGUAUAUUUUUAACAACUUAUAUAUUCUACAUUCAUUAUUAUUAACAGACAUUCACGUGUUUAAAUAACCUAAUUUUAUUUUUUUAAGGGCAUGGGUGAGUGAUGAAAACUAAAAUAACCAAUAUGCUUACUUCUGAACCUAAUGCUAUAAUAUUUAGCAUAUAGUUAUGACCAAGUUAAGUUAAGCCUAAAAUAAAAAAUGGCAGAAAAUGUCAUGCCAUGGUGAUGGCGGCCAUUUUGGAUUUUAUUUACCUUUUUAACAACGAAUUAACUCAAAGAAUUCAAUGAAAAAUGUGCAGAAAAAUUGUGAGAUUAUAUUUUGAAAUACUUUCGUUUAUACAAUUUUUAUUCUGAAAAUCACUUUUAAAAAAUCAAAAUGUGUGCAAAAAGACACCAUUUUAACUACACAUUUUCAAAAAUGUGUUCUAUCAGUUUUGUUGGUAAUGCAUACAGAAAAACCAUAGAAAAUUUUGAUCAAUUUUAAUACCAUUAAGAAAGUUAUUUCUAUGUUGAAAUUGUAAAAAAAAUAAUCAAAGAUGGCCACCGUCACCGUGGCAACAGCAGGAAAUUUUUGGCCAGUUUAAAAAAUAUUUUUUUUACUUUUUGAGUUAUAGCUAUAUGCUAGAACUGAUAGCAUUAUGUUUGUUAAUAAGCAUUUUAGGUUGUUUGGUUUUCAUCACCCACCCAUUCCCUUAAGUGUAUGUAUACACAUUGCAAGUUAUUGAAUUAGUAAAUUUUAGGUAGGUUUAAGUAAGGGGAACUAUAUUUUUGUGGACUUCUACAUGGAGCUGUAUUGAAAGCUACAUACUUUUGUUGACAUCCUAAAUGGAUAAAUCAGAUUCUAUGUAUUUUGCCAUGAGAUAUUUAAUCUCUGUGAUCUUUUCUCCAUGAGAUAUUUUGUCUGAGAUCAUUUUUCCUAUAAGCAUAUAUAUAU